AUGGCGUUGGAGAUCGAAGAGGUGGAGAUGAAAUCCAAUGAUCAAUGUUGCUGUGGCGGAGCUAAGGCAGCAAUGGAAAAUGAGAGCUUGAAGAACGACGUGUACACCGCUGUGGCUUACAGGGACAUGGAGAAGCUGCAGCGGCUAGUAGAGAGCCAGGGCUACUUUGUCUCGGAGCUCGAUGGCCAUGUUAGUAAUGGUACACCGGGUUCUCAAGUUCUCGUAUUUUGUUUCUUGAUGAAUGUCUCUGCAUUGGAGCGCCGUAAGGGGCUGAGCUUUUACUGCAAGAAGGUGCUCGGGGUCAAUAUUGCCGAUAUAUAUGGCUAUCAGAAAGCACAUGUUGCUGCUCAAUAUGGUCAGACAGCUUUUCUUUAUCAUAUCGUUACAAAAUGGAAUGUGGAUCCUGAUGUUCCUGAUAACGAUGGAAGAAGCCCUUUCCACUGUUCUCUUAAACCAUGGGCUACUGAUGCUUCUGUUAUAUCAUGCGCUGAAUUAUAUUUUACUAUUACUAAUUACUUGAUCCAGAUGUAUAUGUUAACUAACGGUCAAAAGGAUGAUUUCUAUCCAUUUGAACCCCCGGUGCAUAUUUUUGAAAGUCCACUUGGUAUGAUAGCAUUUGCUUUAGACCUAGUUCGUGCAGUUUUGUUCUUGGACUUUCAUCCAAAUUGCCUUAUACCAAUUGGGAUUGGUCCUUUCAGUUAG